AUGGCAUCAAAAGCAAGAAGAAGGUUGAUCACAGACUACAAAAAGAUGAUGAAGCUCGAUAACUUCUCCAUCCACGCAGAGCCUGACGAGAACAACAUGCUCGAAUGGUACGCAGUCAUCCUGGGACCUGACGACACAGACUGGGAGGGAGGUUUGUUCAAGCUAUCUCUGGAGUUCACUGAGGAGUAUCCUAACAAGCCUCCGUCUGUAAAGUUUAACACUCCGAUGUAUCAUCCGAAUAUUUAUAACAAUGGCAAGAUCUGUUUGGAUAUCCUCCAAAAGGAAUGGACUGCCGUGUACGAUGUCUCUGCUGUUCUGGUAUCGAUACAGCAGCUUUUGACCGACCCGAACCCCGACUCGCCGGCUAAUAGCGAGGCUGCAAAGCUAUUCGUGGAUGAUAGGGAAGCGUACAACGAUAAAGUCCGUGAAUGAGUGACUAAUAGCUUCUUUGUAGAGGCCACAAACUCUGAAGAAGGAAGUUAA